AUGUCUAACCAAACAACUGUGAACACGUUUCUGCUCUUGGAGUUUUCUAAUGUUCGAGAACUGCAGAUAACACAAUUCUUUGUGUUCUUGCUUUUUUACUUGGCCACUGUCGCAGGAAAUCUCCUCAUCAUUUCCGCAGUAGCUUUUGAUCAUCACCUUCACACUCCUAUGUAUUUCUUCCUGAUGAACUUAGCUGUGAGUGAUCUUGGCUCAGUCUCAGUCACAAUACCCAAAUCGAUGUCAAAUUCCCUUUCAAAUACUAGGGUGAUUUCUUAUGCUGGAUGUGUCACUCAGGUUUAUUUCUUUCUGCUUUUUGCAGCAUCAGAUUACACCCUCCUCACUGUCAUGGCACAUGAUCGGUAUGUUGCCAUCUGCAAUCCACUACGGUAUGAGGCAAUUAUGAAUCAAGGGGCCUGCGUUCAGAUGGCGGGCAGUGCAUGGCUCAGUGGUCUUCUCUAUGCUGUGUUGCACACUGGCAGCACUUUUGCCAUGACAUUCUGCUCCAAUAUUGUUGAUCAGUUUUUCUGUGAGGUCCCUCAGCUAGUAAAGAUCUCCUGCUCAAAGCUAUACAUUCUUGAAAAUGCACUUCUUUUCUUAAGUGUUGCUAUAGCAUUUGGCUGCUUUAUUUUUAUAAUUGUGACCUAUGUCCAGAUCUUCAGUACAGUUCUGAGAAUGCCCUCAUCACAGGGAAGGCAAAAAGCUUUCUCAACUUGCAUUCCCCACCUCAUUGUUUUCUCCAUGUUCCUUUUUGGUGGAGCACUUGUUUACCUAAGACCCAUACAGCAUGCCUCCUCACAUACAAAUAUGGUCUUUGCCGUCAUAUAUUCUGUGAUUCCACCCAUGAUGAAUCCAGUGAUCUAUAGCAUGAGGAAUAAGGAGAUUAAGGUUGCUAUGUACAAGAUUUUAGGACUGAAUUAG